UCAUUAUCACCGGACAGAGCUGAUGCUUGAAUUCACUCAUCCUCCUAACAAACAGAGCAUCUUUCUUCAACAACUUAACACAAUCAAAAAAGUCUUUGUUUUCUAUAUAUAUAUAUAUAUAUCUGUUUUCCUCUUCAUCUCUCUCUAUUCUCUACCAGAGCUGCUCUGUUUCCUCCGUCGUCGUCAUCGUCUUCUCGACAUGUUUUGGUCUGAAACUGCUGCCUCGAGAGCAUAGCGGUUGGACUUUGAGACGCGGAGGAGCGUGAAAUGGGGACGGAUAAUGUAAUGAUAUGAAAGUUUUUGAAGUUAAGAAAAAUGCCAACAGUUUGGUUUUCUUUGAAAAAGUCCUUCCCCUGCAAACCAGAGCCAUCAGAAGUCUAUGAUCCAAAGAGCAGGAAACAACUCAACACAAUCACAACCAAGAAAGCAGCCAAUAAGUCAGGGUGUUCUUCUGGAAGAUCAGGUUGUUCAAGGUCCAUAGCAAAUCUUAAAGAUGUCAUCCAUGGAAGCAAGAGACACAUGGAAAAUCCACCGAUUUGUAGCCCGAGAUCGAUCGGUAGCAGCGAGUUUCUCAACCCGAUUGCUCAUGAAGUGAUACUCAGCAACUCCAAGUGUGAGCUCAAGAUCACUGGUUUUGGUGGCUUCCACUUAGAGGGUGUGGGAAAUUCUGGCUUUGGAGGAGGUGGGGGCGGAGAUUUGCCGUUUUUUGGUACUCAUAGGCCCGGAACUCCCGGUCCGGGGGAGAACUUUGCUAUCAACUCCAACUCCAUGACUUCUGCAAGAAAGCUUCCUUCUCCUUUAUCUUAUAUGGAUGCCUCUCCAGCUGGGAGUACUACAAAAUUUAAGGGGGGUAGGGAAGUUCAUACAAGCAGAAGGUUCUCGCCGCUAACCAAGUCGAGCGAUAACACGUUCUCGGCAGUUACUUGCCAUAAAUGUGGAGAACAGUUCUGCAAAUUGGAGGCUGCUGAGUCUCACCAUCUCUCCAAGCAUGCUGUUACUGAGCUUGUGGAGGGUGAUUCAUCGAGGAAAAUCGUCGAAAUGAUAUGUCAAACGAACUUUUCAAAGUCGGAGAACAAUGGAAACCGAAUCGAACGAGUUUUCAAAGUUCACAAUAUGCAGAAAACAUUAGCUGGAUUUGAAGAAUACAGAGAAACAGUGAAGAUCAAAGCAAGCAAGCUCUCAAAGAAACACCCUCGAUGCCUCGUCGAUGGGAACGAGCUAUUGAGGUUUUUCGGGACGACUUUAGCUUGCUCUCUUGGACUAAAUGGCUCCACCAGCCUCUGCAUAUCACAGAAAUGCAAUGUCUGCAGAAUCAUAAGGAAUGGUUUCUCAGAAAAGAAGGAUAUGAAAGAAGUAGGAGUUUUUACGACUUCAACGAGCGGAAAAGCUUUCGAAACCAUUGAAACGGAGAACGAAAGCUCGGUGAAGAAAGCAUUGAUAAUCUGUAGAGUGAUAGCUGGGAGAGUUCAUAGGCCAUUGGAGAACAUACAAGAUAUUGUUGGGCAAACAGGGUUUGAUUCUUUGGCUGGGAAAGUGGGAUUACAUUCCAACAUUCAAGAGCUUUAUUUGCUUAAUCAUAGAGCUUUGCUUCCUUGUUUUGUUGUAAUUUUCAAACCAUGA